AGGUGGAGGUGGACAGAGAGCCGGGGUUUCUCGACAGUGUUUCUCCUCUGCUGCUAUCAUGUGGCUCCUCGUUUCUCUGACUGUCUUCCUGACCUCACACUCAUGGGCUUCAGACGUCCAUGUGGCUGAUAAAGAGGCUCAUGUGGCAGCUCGUGUGGCUGACUCCGGCUAUAACUGUUCAUGCGGUGAGGCUAUGAGUUACUCGCGUAUAGCAAGUGGAAGUGAGACCUCACUACACCAGUACCCGUGGGUGGUGGACCUGGUGGAUUAUGGGUCGAUCAUUCCCUUCUGUUCCGGUGUUCUCGUGACCGACCGGAGUGUCCUAACAGCGGCUCACUGUAUUUCUAAUAAGACAAACAGUGACUACCUAAUAAAGCUCGGUGAGCAUGACAUUACAAAAGUAUCCCGGGUGUACACUCGCCAUCCAGAUGAGUCCGUUUUACAUCCUGACUACGAGGAUUCACCCAGAACUAACGACAUUGCCAUCAUUAGAUUUGACAAUCCCUUUAAUUUCAACGGUCCACCUCUUCUUAGACCCAUCUGCCUUCCUGGUUUGUUGGAUAACUUUAACGGUAAAGAAGCGACUGUGGUUGGAUGGGGCAGAACGUCUCAGGAUAGUUUGUCUUCAGUACUACUGGAACUGAACCUUACUAUCCACAGCGAGGAAGACUGCUUCGAUAACUUGCUGUGUGCUGGUGAGUCGGGAGAAGGUAUAUGCCCGGGAGACUACGGCGGGCCACUAAUGGUAGAUGUGAACGGUCGAAAAAUUAUUGUGGGCAUCGCUUCCACGGGUGACGCGUGUAGCGCUAAUGGUUCACCGGGGAAUUUUACCGAAGUAUCCCAUCACAUUAGCUGGAUCUCAUCACAAAUUGAAAAUGAUAUAUCGUGUGCUGACACCAACACGACCUUUACUGCAGGUUACAACGACGCUACUGAAGCUCCUACACCUAUGACUCCUACAACACCGGCUACAGGCCUGGGGCCUUUGGCGUGUGCUUGCGGAAAGGUACACAAUUCUACACCUGCUGCAGAUUUGGAUUUGAUUGAGAACAAUCCCUGGACGGUGGCCCUUCUAUAUAGGGACACCCUGGAACUUUUGUGUAGUGCCACUAUCAUCACCGACAGGUAUGUGAUUACUGCUAGACGUUGUCUCAAGGGGCUUACCAGACGUAAGAUAAUGGUAAGAGCAAAUGCUCAAAGCCUUUCCAGCACAGAUGGUGUUCAGCGUAAAAUCACCAAGAUCUUAAGGACAGGUGAUGUGGCGCUACUGCAGAUGAAAGGAAGAAUCAAUCUAGUGAACUAUAACGGGAUAAACCCCGCUUGCUUGUCCAUGGGCAACCUCAGUUUUAUAGGCGUAGCCCAUCACUCCGGAUAUGGAAACCUUCCUCCUUCCAUCGUUUCAGGUCAGGUCAAACAGGUGGACGGCAAUUUGACAGAUUGUGACGACACCACGUACUUGUGCUUCCAGCCACUACAGGAUCCAGGAUUCUGUGGAAAGGACAUGGGUGGUCCUAUCGUCAUCGAGAUGGAAGGUCGAAUGGUCUUAGCUGGAAUUGCUUUGAACGACUUAGAAUGCACUGCUUCUAAUGAUAUGACUUACCAAGAAGUGGUCAAAUUGUCUCCUCUCUUCCCCUGGAUCUGGGACAACACGCAGGAUUCAAGUUAUUGCGGCGAGUAAACUGACCACCACGAAGAACCUUGAGCAGAAGUUCUCCCCGUGUGAAGGUGAUGAGACCACUGCCCAAGGCCACCCUCUGCUGGAGCUUCACUCUUCACCACGUUCGCUUUUCAUGUUAAAUCGCUAAUUAGGUUUGCCUGUAUUUAUGGAUUUAUUUGGACUUAUUUAAUGAUCUACUAAUUUUUUCUUCACAAAAUGUAUUUAUUAUUAUGGACAAUUACUAACGAGGUUAAGCGAACCUGGUAUUAGUAUGUUUUAAUUCUCUGAAGCAUUAUUUGUGCUCAUGUAAAAGAUCAUGAAUUAUUGACAUAUACUAUAUCAAUACAAACUUUAUAUAUACAUAAGUGUAUGUGUGUGUGUGUGUGUUUUAUACAAUAUUUUUUUCUCAAUAAACGUGUAUGGGCCACC